ACUGCAGGGCCAGAAAGGCGCGGGUAUCCGGAAGUUUCCUGCCGGCAGGUGUAUCCAGAACUCGGUGCGCCCGGACCCACUGCCCUCCCGGGGCCCCGGCCGUCUUGCACCCAGGCCAGCCCGGCGACGACCUUCCGAAGUCUCCUCUCUGCUGCAGACGCUGACUAUGCGGCCCGCCGGGUGUCCUCCGCUGCUCGCGCUCCUCCUGCUGGCGCUGGCUUUGUCCCCGCACGGUACCCAGGGACGGCCAAGGGGCCGCCGGGGAGCAGGGGUCGCGGCCGGGGAGCCGAAGCCGUCGCUUUUCCUCCCAGCGCGCGGGGUCGGUCGUGCCCCAGCGCCCCUGGUCCAUGCCGCAGCCUCCCCGGCGCUCGGCGUCCCCAGGAGCUCAGAAAUAUCCCUAAGAGAUUUGAACUUAAAGGACAAAUUCAUAAAGCAUUUCACAGGGCCAGUCACAUUUUCAGCGGAAUGUAGCAAACAUUUCCAUAGACUGUAUCACAACACCAGGGAUUGCUCAACGCCAACUUAUUACAAAAGAUGCGCUAGAUUGCUAACAAGAUUAGCGGCCAGUCCACUGUGCACACAGACAUAGGAAAUUUAACUCGUGAGCGUUUUUCAAGAAUGUAAAUCUACUUUGAAAAAAAAGUGCCUGGAGUUAUACUGACUGC